UCGCCGAUUAUCUGUGGAUUAGCCGAUCGCUAAUCCAGGCCGACGCACUGUGGCUCAUGCUGGAGUGUGUACAGGAGAUUUCAGUUUAUAGAUUGUGUGUGAUUGUGGCCACACAAUGGGGGAAGCCAUGUGGUGAACGGAUGUGGAUUCUAUUGUGCUGAGAGGAAAAUGGCCAACAUUUAUACUCUGAGGGCUUUUUUGUUUGGUGAGUGGUCCUCGGAUGUAAGACUUGAUGGCAAAACAGUCAUUAUUACAGGAGCCAACACUGGUAUUGGCAAGGAAACAACCAGAGACUUGGCAAAAAGAGGGGCCAGGAUCAUCAUGGCGUGCAGAGACAUCCCCAAAGCUGAAGUGACCCAGAGAGAGAUUAUUGAAGACUCUGGCAACCAAAACAUCGUCAUCAGAAAACUAGACCUGUCUGAUACCAAAUCAAUCCGAGAAUUUGCAGAGAUAAUCAACAAUGAAGAGAAGCAACUACAUAUCCUAAUAAAUAACGCUGGAGUCAUGAUGUGUCCCUAUUCCAAGACUGCAGAUGGCUUUGAGAUGCAGAUUGGAGUUAAUCAUUUGGGUCACUUUCUGCUGACCUUCCUGCUGAUUGAUCUUCUGAAGAAGUCCGCCCCGUCCAGAAUCAUCCUCCUCUCAUCCAUGGCCCACAGCUGGGGCACCAUAAAGCUGGAUGACAUCAACAGUGAGAAGAGCUACCACAGCAGGAGGGUAUAUGGGCAGAGCAAGCUGGCUAACAUCCUUUGUACUCGCUCACUGGGCAGGAGACUUAAAGGCGCUUUGCUUAAAUUUCUAAGCCCCUUCUUAAGGAUGCCUCCUCAUAGACCCUGUAUGUAUACAAAAUAUCCUCAUAUAUUUCUUGUGUUCAUGUUUUCUAAUAUUUAUUUAAAUUUUAGUUUUUAGUUUGUUACUAGCAUUGACUGCCAGGCAGGUAACCUGGCUAACAUAAACAUUACCCAUAUAUAUUGUUUCUAGCAAACCUGCUGGUAAAUUACACCACGUGUACAAGACAAGGCUUCCUAUUGAAUAACUCCACUUAUGAAGGUUCAUAUUUUGCCGGCUGCAGGAAUCACAAGCCUGGUUGGCUGGCUGCUGUCAGCAACUAGUGGAAGGGGCCUCCUUUAGGGGGAUUGUACUUUCUGCAUUGACCAUCACAGAAUUUUAAGGGGCCCUCACACAGUUUGCCGGUGCAUUCAUGCAAUUCUUAGUCUGUCGUUGUAUGAAAGCCCCAGGCCAGUUUAGGGCCCUUGGAAACUGUUUUUUUUAAACAUUUGCUUGCUUUGUUGCAACAGGCCUGCACGUAGGUUUUUGGAGAUGCAAUUGGUAUGAAAUUUCAAGAGAAGGGGUCAGAACACACAGCCUUGUGGUACACCAGUAAUAAGGGUCUGGAUGUUGUAGUACCUAAUGAUUAUGGUUGGUGAGUAAAAAUGCAAUAUGUGAAAUAUUGAGCAGUGGCAGAGGACCAGAUGUUGAGGUGGGGAAACAUAUAGUAAAACUCAUUCUCAUUCAUGUUAUAAAUGACCUGGUGGUCUUUCUGGAGAAGGGGGCUGUUUCACACCUUGCUGUUGCUAAACUUCUGAAGGGCUUUUAAAAGCAAAGUUGGGUCGUUAGCAGCAAUUGCAAUAAAACAAGGACCUAGCGCUAAAAGUGCAAAGUGAAACAGGAAAUUAGAAGACAAUAAAAAAUCCAACAGAACGACAAAUCAGCCAGCAUUUAGGUCUGUCAGACCGUCCCCAGCGCUAGUUAAAACAGCCCUACAGGAGACCAUUUAAGGUUCCAGCAACAGGCUUUAAUGAGGUGAAAAUAAACUGCUGAAUCCUCCAAAUCAAGACAGGGACAGCAGAUAUACCCUACAAAUACCAAGGAGGCUGUAGUAGGGUUAUAAUAAUGCAAAGCAAAGAGUAAAGUAAACAGAACUUAUGUUUCCAUUUAAGACAACUGGGUAUUCAGUCUUCAUGACAUAAAUUCACUAACUCUUACUGUGGCUGCCUCUGGGCCCUGUGUAACUGCCAGACUGUAAUAUUAUAUCUAGCGUCAGAUAAAUAAUGGAAAUUCUGCCCUAAAAGUAGCAUUUAAUAUUAUAUUUGUGGUGUCACCUUGUAUUCUGUAAACUCUGUAUCUUUGUAUCAAUCAAUCGUAUCUUUCAGCAUCAUUUAUGUAAUAUUUCAUGCUUUCUUUCAUCAAUUUAUCGAAUUUCUCUCACCACAAUUACCAGCAUA